AAGAGACAAGAUCUCUGCAAGAAAAUAGCAAUGAAAUUAUUAGGCCCACCAUCUGAUAUUCAUAAACCAAAUUUCUUAAAAAUACCUAAUCACCUAUUAGGACUUGAGCUUGAUAUAUACUAUCUACAAUAUGGUUUUGCUAUUGAAGUUCAAUGA